AUGGAAGGUCAGGUGGAGAAAAAUGAGCGUUUUCGACGUCUCCUUCUUUUUGCUUUUAAUCAAGGUUCUAACGCCACAAGAGCUGCUCGCGACAUUUGUGCUGUGUAUGGAGAUGGUGCCACAGCUGACAGAAUCGCUCGUGACUGGUGUGCCAAGUUCAAAAAUGGAACAUUUGACCUCAGGGACGCACCUUCUGGCCGUCCAGCUGAGUUGGAUGAAGAACGACUAGAACAACUUUUACACGAAAAUUCGCGUCAGACGACGACGGAACUGGCUGAGAAAAUGCUCUCACACUGCCAUGGAAAAACAUCUUCAUUCGCUGGGAAAGGUUCAAAGCUGCUGAUUUUUGUUGUCGACAUUGAAGCAUGGGUUCUGCAUGCUUCAGUGUCGACAACAAAAAUCAACGAGCCACAAUCUUCGCUGGUUUGCUUGCUCGUCACCGCGCAACCCAUGGACACAAGCAACGAAUUCUUUAUCGAAUCGUUACUGGUGAGCAGCUCUUGUGGCGUUAGAACCUCGAUUAAAAGUAAAUAG